GGAAGUGUCACGUGACACCUUGCGGCGUGCCAAUCGCAGCUCUGCAGUUUCUGGAGCCGUUUUCAAACUUGCUUCCUGCAGUUCAUCCGCAGCCCGAGAUAGUGUCACGUGUUCCGGGCGGCUCGGGUCACCCACACCCGGGGAAUGGAGACCCGCAUCGUCACCCCGGGGCCGUACCGGGCUACCAAGCUGUGGAAUGAAGUAACAAAAUACUUCCGAGCAGGAAUGCCCCUGAGAAAACACAGGCAACACUUUAAGACCUACGGGAAUUGCUUCACGGCGUCAGAAGCUGUAGAUUGGCUCCAUCACUUACUCAGACAUAACAGCAACUUCGGAGCUGACGUCACCAGGCAACAGACGUUGCAGCUUCUGAGAAAGUUCCUGAAGAACCACGUCAUAGAGGACCUGAAGGGAAGAUGGGGCACAGAGGAGCUGGAUGAUAACCACAUCCUUUACAGGUUUCCCUCCACCUCCCCGCUCAAGAGCAUCCCGACCCGCCAGCCUCUGUGGAAGAGAAGCAGCUUAGAAAAUGUCUUCAAAGAGAAGGAGAAUCUCUUCAAAAUGCCAAGUUUCUCUAGAAGGAGCCACAGCCGGCGGGGCUCCCGGGAUAAUGGGAGAGAACAAGAAAACGACGCUAUUGAAGUGAUGGAAGAUGACAGAGAAUGUGAGAGAGUUGGUCCAAAGGAGCUGGGCAAGAAAGAUAUGGAAGUUAUCUGGGGAAACAUCACCUUGAUCCAUCUGCAGAAAAUUCUCGCCUUGCCGUCGUUGGACGACGUCCUGAACCCAUCCCAGAUAAAUCCUGGCCACAUCAUGUACAAUAUGACGCACACCAGUAAGCACGGAGUCGUCUUUCUGCAAGAUAAAACAGAUGAUCUUCCUCACUGGGUCCUGUCUGCUAUGAAAUGUCUGGCAAACUGGCCACGCAAUAACGACCUGAGCCAGCCGACGUAUCCCGGGUUUGAGCGCGACGUAUUUAGGACGGUUGCUGAUUACUUCCUGAACCUCCCGGAGCCUCUCCUCACGUACGAGUUUUAUGAGCUCUUUGUGAAUAUCUUGGUCGUAUGUGGCUACGUAAUGGUUCCCCACAGGCGCAGCAGGAGGCAUAAACUAAAGAGAGAACCGCCCGCUCCGCAGCCAUCCAAAUCGCUGCAAUUAAGUGAUGCACAUUUUAAGUCGACAGAGUGCUUGCUCCUUAGCUUGCUGCGUAAAGUCCCCAAUGAAGAAGAAGAGGAUGACGACGACCAAAGCUUUGGAGAAAUCGGCAGGGAGCACAACAAGUUUGUACCACACGACUCCAACAAAGCGCGGCUGCACAUGUCUCUUAGUAGAUGGACAAGGUCUGGCCAGGUUAUGGGCGGCAGCUGUCAGAACCUUUCCAUCUCCAGAAGGGAUGCUAGCGCGCCUUUUAAAGCGCGACUACGCAGUUGCUCAAUGGAGGGAAUCGCAGAAAUGUCCUAUUCAGAAAGAGACUUUCCAGAGACGACUUCUCCAAUUUCACAGCCAUGUUCUCCAAACCUUCCGCCAGGUGAGGACGUUUCCUUGGGAAGCGACGUUGAAUCUUUCGGCCCGGCUCAGGCUCCGCAGCGCCAUCUUAUGUCCGAGAGCUCUUGUAAGCCGGAUUCUAGCGGACUCUUUAGAUCAAAGAGCCUGGGAGAUUACCUUGGGUCUUGUUCUAGUAUAAACGCUCCAAUCGCUGAAAUCACCGUGAAGCCCAGUCAAACUGCGCAAUGUAAACUGCAGAAGCGGUUGAGCUCUAUAGAGGGAAGAGAAGCGGCUGACCCGGAUAUCGUUGUAACCAAACGCCUGUGUCAGAGUACUAUGGAACUGUCUAGGUCCUCUCUCCCCUCCUCUGCACUGCACGCUUCCCAGCCCUGCACUGGCACGCAAAGCUUGCUGCAGCCUCACCUGGAGAGAGUCGCUAUAGAUGCUCUGCAGCUGUGCUGCCUGCUGCUCCCUCCUCCCAACCGCAGGAAGCUCCAGCUGCUGAUGAGAAUGAUCUCCCGCAUGAGUCAGAAUGUGGACAUGCCACGCCUGCACGAUGCCACGGGGACCAGAUCACUGAUGAUCCAGACCUUCUCUCGCUGUGUGCUGUGCUGUGCAGAAGAGGUGGACCUGGAUGAGUUACUCGCUACACGACUGGUCUCCUUCCUCAUGGACCAUCACCAAGAUGUCCUCCAAGUGCCUUGUUAUCUGCAGACGGCGGCUCAGGAUCAUAUCCAGUACCUCCAGAGAGCUCAUAUGAAUGACCCGGCUUCUGGCUUCUAUUUCUGCAAGCAGAUUAGCGCACAAGAGUUUGAGAAGCAGAAAGUCGUCGCAUCACAGGCUGCCAUUAUGGAACUUCUGGAGAACAUUGUGAAGGAUAAAAAUCUGUCGACGAAAGAGAAGAAGAAAAAGCUGAAACAGUUUCAGAAAGAAUAUCCGGAAAUAUACAAGAGCCGCUUCCCUACCACGGAGAGCGAGGCCAAACUCUUUGGGGAUAAACCUACAAUCAAGCAGCCAAUGCUGGUUUUGAAAAGGCCAAAAUUUCGCAGCUUAAGACACUGACUAGCACAGCGGUCCCCUCUGUAGGGAAGUUCUCCCCGUCUACCUUCCAACUUCACCUAAGGAACCAAUGGGUACACACUACGUGAUAUAUUGGCCAAUCUCUGAUCAUCAGAUAGUGUGUACCUACCAAUCAGAUGGGACAAUGCGGUGUUCUGUUAAGCAUGUGACGAUAUUGCGUCCUCGUAUGGCAGAUGGUGCAGUGUGUACAGCAAUGCGAUAUAUCAUUACAUCACCACAACAUUGUAAAGCCAACAAAUAGCUAACCAUGCGAUGUUGUAUGUAAAUGCCAGGGGACAGCUGACCUGUUAUCUGCACUAUGCUCUGGGCAAUUUCCCACCCACAAGAGCACUCACGGGGGGGAUAUGUGGGUAGGGCUGGGACCACUGACCAGUUAGUGCUUAUAAUGCAGACUAAAUGGCGAUUUUCAUGCAGCAUAUAGGCCGCUGUAUUUCAGAGGAAGGAUAGCACACAGCGGUUAUUUUUUGCACGUAGCUAUGUGUAAACCAUGCGGCUUUAUUUCUUGCAGGUGAACGAGGAUUAUGAUCCUGUACCUGUAUAUUUAAUGUGUCCCACGGACAGUUCGUCAGUCAUUCUGACAUUGUAGUGAGUUCUGUUCCGCUUUGAUGAUAUAUUUCCUAAUACUGAUGUGUGUUUCCCUCACCGUGAAAUGAAGAACGCUAAAUUACCAAAGAUUGCUACCAAGUACGACGUCUCCUGCUAAUAACAAGACUUGAAAACAAGGAACUUGAAUUAAAACUUUAUUCUUCAGGUUUAAAAGAACUUUAAUUACUGUGUAAAUGGUUGAUUUUGUAACUCUUACAAAUCUGAAAUGUUUCCAAGCAUUGAGGCCAUCUUACUUUUUUCAGAAUACGAAAGCCAAUCCGAUAACACUUUACAUUUUUAUUAGAGUCCUGGUCUCCUGACAGACAAACUUUCAUAGAAAGAAAAGCCAUUGUCCACAGCAUUUGUUUCCUUGAAAUGCUCGAUUUGAAAUAUUGGUGGUCAUUCCGAGUUGUUCGCUCUGUAAUUUUCUUCGCAUCGCAGCGAUUUUCCGCUAACUGCGCAUGCGCAAUGUUUGCACUGCGACAAGUAAAUUUGCUAUGCAGUUAGGUAUUUUACUCACGCCAUUACAAGGUUUUUUCUUCGUUCUGGUGAUCGUAGUGUGAUUGACAGGAAGUGGGUGUUUCUGGCGGAAACUGGACGUUUUAUGGGAGUGUUUGAAAAAACGCUACCGUUUCUGGGAAAAACGCGGGAGUGGCUGGAGAAACGGAGGAGUGUCUGGGCGAACGCUGGGUGUGUUUGUGACGUCAAACCAGGAACGACAAGCACUGAACUGAUCGCACUGGAAGAGUAAGUCUCGAGCUACUCAGAAACUGCACAGAGAAGUCUUUUCGCAAUAUUGCAAAUCUUUCGUUCGCAAUUUUGAUAAGCUAAGAUUCACUCCCAGUAGGUGGCGGCUUAGCGUGUGCAAUGCUGCUAAAAGCAGCUUGCGAGCGAACAACUCGGAAUGAGGGCCCUUGCCCGUUUACACAGUAGAUGGAACCUGUUUCCUGCACACCAGAAGAGGCCAUUUUGUGGGCUGGGCCAAUAUCCAUGAGAAUGCGGUUUAUUGGUUCUUUUAGGUCCAUAUGACAUAACCGAGCUAAUUUAUGCUCCUCCCACAAAAUGGCUGCGUCCGCUAUGUGUAGCGGACAGAUAUUCUUUAAAAGUUUGAAACCAGUCGUGCCUCGUGAGCUGACGCUUCAGGAAGUGUGUAUAUUUGCUGUAUUUGCACUCCAUUGUUAAUGUUCUCCUGUAUUUAUACAUGUAUUUUCAGUGUUUUUAUGUUUUUAAUUAUUCACUUUUUUUUUUUUUUACUUUCUAUGUAUCUGCAUGAAGAACUUGGCUUUAUAUUGUUUUUAAGAAAAAAGCUUAUGUUUUCUUUAAAGCUAAAA